GACAGCGAGAAAUGGACCGAGCCAACUGUCAGUCGGAGUGAGGAGAAACAGAAGACUCAGAUGGAGCAGCGGCUCGUCAAGGAACUACCCAUGCCCAUGGCUGAGAAACGUAGAGAACUGGCUAAACGUUUGAAAAAGAGUGAAGAUUUGAGCAGCUGGAGACAGUGGAGGCAAAGCAGUCGUGUAUAUGUGAGGUGGCUGAAAGAAGCUGCUGAAGUGACGCUAAGCUCUCUGCAGCUGUGGAGGGGGGACAUCCACCAGAUAGAGGGAAUGUUUGGUACUGGGAUCCUGUCGUAUUUCUCUUUUUUGCGCUUCCUGGUGAUGCUCAACCUAUUUAUUUUUCUGCUCAUGUUCAGUUUUGUCAUGCUCCCCAUCAUCAUUGUGCCCCACACUUCAGCAAAUAUCACCUUUAACCUGAACAACGGUGUCAACUGCAACGUGUAUCCAAGCAGCGCUCGUCGGGGUCUUGUCAACUUUCAUGAGCAUAUUACAGACCUGCUUUCUGGUGAAGGUUUUAUGGAACAAACCUACCUUUUCUAUGGUUUCUACAAUGUGGAGAAAAUCCACUUUUCACACUGCAUAUAUAAUUUGGCACUGGCGUACUUGCUGACAACCAUAGUCUACCUCUUAUUCAGUCUUAUCUGGAUAGUUAAAAGAUCGGCGACAGGAUUUAAACGUAGCCUGAUCCAGGAUGAGGAUCGCUUUCAGAGUUUUUGCAACAAAGUUUUUGCUGGUUGGGAUUUCUGCAUCACCGACAAGACCACGGAAAUGCUGAAGAAAAGCAGUCUGCUGUACGAGCUCAAGACAGAUUUGGAAGAGGAGAGGAUCAAACUGAAAAUGGCACGUCGUACCAAAACACAGAAGUUACGGAUUUACCUAAUCCGGUUCGUCCUCAACCUUUUCGUCAUUAGCGUGCUGGCUGCUUGCUUCUACAGCAUUUAUAAAGCCACCAUGUUUUCCCAGCAGGCAGACCCCAAGAAUAGAAAGGUGAAUUUCAUUAUGGAUCUAAUCAAUGAGUAUCUGCCCUCUAUUGUUAUGACCUUAGCCAACUUCAUCACCCCCCUUCUCUUCUCUGUGAUCAUUACCUACGAAGACUACUCACCUGCCUUUGAGAUCCGCUUCACCCUCAUGCGAUGCGUCUUCAUGCGGUUGACCAGUAUCGCAGUUUUGCUUCUUUCUCUCUGGUAUCAGAUCAGUGAUUGUAAAGGGCUCACUUGUGAAUGUGGCUACAACCACAAACUUUACUCUUGCUGGGAGAGUCGAGUGGGCCAGGAAAUGUACAAACUCACCAUCUUUGACUUCAUCAUUAUUGCUGCAGUCACCAUCUUUGUGGAGUUUCCUCGAAAGCUCCUUGUAAAAUACUGUAAAUGUGGUUUGACCAAGUUGUGGGGCGAGCAGGAGUUUUCGAUUCCUCAAAACGUGCUGGGAAUAGUUUACGGUCAAACCAUCUGCUGGAUCGGCACGUUCUACUGUCCCCUUCUGCCUGCCAUCUGCACCAUCAAAUACUUCUUCAUCUUCUACAUCAAAAAGGUAACAUUGAUUCACAACUGUCGCCCAGCGACACGUCCAUUCCGAGCAUCCAGCUCCUCUUUCUUCUUCCUUGGUGUGUUGCUGAUCGGCUUGAGUCUCGCCUGUCUGCCGGUCGCCAUCAGUGUAGCACACAUCCACUGUUCCAAGGCCUGUGGGCCAUUUGUUAACUACACCACCUCCUGGGAGGCGCUGCCAGCUGCAGUAUCACAGCUACCACACCGAGUCCAAACUUUCCUCUACGCACUCUCAUCUGAGACGUUUGCUGUCUCCUUCUUUGUUGUUACUUGCUUGGCCAUGUUUUAUGUGAUCGCACUUGCUGGAGCUCACAAGAAGGUCAUUAGCCAACUACGGGAGCAGCUUGCCAUGGAGGGUCAUGACAAACGCUUCCUGAUCCAGAAGAUGCUCCAGGCCCAGAAAAGCUUCAGUUACACAUCCAAGCAGCACAGCAGCAGCAGGAGCCCCCGGAGCCCCUUCUACCACACCAGCUUCGACAGAAAUUACCCCGAGGCGAUGCGUCUGGCACACUCACCACCAAACUCCUCCACACAACAGCUCAGCUGGUGCGGAACCGGAGGCAGCGUGCAGUGUCUACGCUCACAGACAGUCAAAAUGAUGAGAAUUACGAUCCGGGCAGACUUGGGAUCUAUGUGGAUUUUAUUCUGCGUAAUCUAUUCCCAACUCUCGACCGUAUCCUCGGAUGAUAUUGUGGUGGCGUGUGGCGGGUUUGUGAAAUCGGACGUUGAAAUCAACUACUCUCUGAUCGAGAUUAAACUUUACACCAAACAAGGUUCAUUAAAGUAUCAAACAGACUGUGCUCCAAUUAAUGGGUACUUCAUGAUCCCCCUCUAUGAUAAGGGAGACUUUGUGUUGAAGAUUGAGCCGCCUCUAGGCUGGAGUUUUGAACCUACCAGCGUGGAGCUGCAUGUGGACGGAGUCAGCGACAUCUGCACCAAAGAAGAAGACAUCAAUUUUGUCUUUACGGGAUUCUCCGUCUCAGGAACGGUUCUGAGUAAGGGCCACCUCCUGGGCCCCGCAGGAGUGGAAAUCAAACUGAGCCGGGCGGGAUCGCAAGAGAAACUCCAGAGUGUCGUCACUCAACCAGGAGGAAAGUACACCUUCUUCAAAGUUCUGCCUGGAGCUUAUGACAUCACAGCCUCCCACCCCUCUUGGACUCUGGAGCAGAGUAAAACCUCGGUGCACGUGUCCAACGCCAACGCUCUAGCCACCGAGCAUCUGGUGGUUGGAGGCUACAACGUCUCGGGGGAGGUGCGCAGUGAUGGAGAGCCCAUGAAGGAGGUCACCUUCCUCCUGUAUUCAGCCACAGUCAGGAAAGAGGACAUUGCUGGCUGUAACAUGUCCCCGGUGGAAGGUGCAGAUCAUGAGGACAGCUCCAUGGUGUACCUGUGCAACACGUUGUCUGGAGACGAUGGCAUCUUCACAUUUCCCUCGCUUGCCAGCGGCGAGUACGCAGUCGUGCCUUUCUACAGGGGAGAAAGGAUCACCUUCGACGUUGCUCCAUCUCGGAUGAAUUUCAAGGUGGAACACAACAGCUUGAAGCUCGAGCCCAUCUUCCGUGUGAUGGGCUUCUCUGUGAUGGGUCGGGUCCUGAACAGUGCUGAUGGGGAGGGGGUGUCGGACGCCACGGUGUCCCUCAACAAUCAGAUCAAAGUUGUCAGCAGGGAGGAUGGUUCUUUCCGGUUGGAGAACAUGACAGCAGGCGUCUACACCAUCCGCGUAAGCAAGGAGCUCAUGUUCUUUGAGCCAAUCACAGUGAAGAUCGCCCCGAACACGCCCCAGCUUCCAGACGUCAUCACUGCUGGGUUCAGCGUUUGCGGUCAGAUCUCCAUCAGCCGCCUGCCCGAGGGCAUGAAGCAGCAGGGCCGCUACAAGGUCACGCUGACACACCGGGGCCAAGACAAGGUUUCCAGUCGGACCGCCGACUCUGAUCCACAAGGAGCCUUCUGCUUCCAGGCCAAACCUGGAGACUACAGCGUUCAUGUAUCUCUGCCUGAAGCGGAGGUGAAAGCAGGCCUCGCUCUGCAGCCGAAGGCCCUCCAAGUCUCCCUUGUGGAUCGGCCCCUCACUGACCUCCUCUUCACUCAGUUCAUGGCUUCUGUCUCAGGAAAAGUUGACUGUCUAGCUUCCUGUGACGACCUGUCCGUAACCCUGCAGCCAGUGAGUCGACAGGGCGAGAGGAGGACCGUAGCUCUGUCCGGCAGCAGCGACGCCCUCAGCUUCUCUUUCGACAACGUUUUACCUGGAAAAUAUAAAGUUGGUAUUUCUCACGAGGAGUGGUGUUGGAAACACAAGUCCUUGGAAAUGGAGGUUCUGGACUCGGACGUCUCGGGGCUCGAGUUCCGACAGAUCGGCUACAUCCUGCGCUGCUCCCUUUCCCACGCCAUCACUUUGGAAUUCUUUCAAGAUGGCAGCAAACCCGAGAACGUCGGCGUGUACAAUCUCUCCAAAGGAAUCAAUCGGUUUUGCCUCUCCAAACCUGGUGUUUACAAAGUCACCCCUCGCUCCUGCCAUCAGUUUGAGCAGGACUUCUACACCUACGAUACCUCAGCCCCCAGCAUCUUGACCCUCACUGCGGUGCGGCAUCACAUGACCGGACUCAUCACCACAGACAAGAUUCUCGAUGUCACCGUCACAAUCAAAUCGUCCAUCGAGAGCGAGCCAGCGCUGGUGCUGGGCCCGCUGCGCAGCCUGGAGGAGCAGAGGCAGGAACAGCAGCUGCAAGAGAUUCAGCUGAGACGCCAGGAGAGAGAGCGCCGCGCAGCCGAGGAGGAGGGAGGCGCCAAGGACGACAGUCCUCCUGUCCAAGAGAAGGCAGAUGAACUAACAGGCCCCUUCCACUACGAGUUCUCCUACUGGGCCAGGGCUGGUGAGAAGAUCACAGUUACUCCUUCCUCUAAGGAACUGCUGUUUUACCCCCCGGAAGUGGAGGCAACUAUCACAGGAGAAUCGUGUCCAGGUCGGCUGGUGGACAUUAUCGGGCGUGCAGGUCUCUUCUUAGAGGGCAAGGUGUCUCCAGAGCUCCAAGGUGUGGAAAUAUCCAUCACAGAGAGAGGAGCUGCAGCACCGCUCAUUACUGUGGCCACUAAUGAGAUGGGAGCCUACAGUGUGGGUCCGCUCCACAGCGACCGGCUGUAUGACAUCUCUGCCAGUAAGGAGGGUUUCGUCCUGAGUCCGGUGGAGGGAACCCCAGGAGACUUCAAGGCGUUUGCUCUGGCCGGUGUCACCUUCAAGAUCAUAUCGGAGGAUGGACAGCCUCUGUCUGGCGUCCUCCUGUCUCUGAGCGGGGGACAUUUUCGGUCCAACCUUUUGACACAGGACACCGGCGUGCUCACCUUCAAUAACCUGAGUCCCGGUCAGUACUACUUCAAACCAAUGAUGAAAGAGUUCCGCUUCGAACCUGCGUCUCAAAUGAUUACAGUGGAGGAGGGUCAGAGCCUAAGCAUCAACAUAACGGGCAUUAAGACGGCAUACAGCUGCUACGGAGCAGUGCAGUCCCUGAGCGGUGAUGCAGAGAGGGACGUGGCUGUGGAGGCCGUGGGUCAGGGAGACUGCAGCCUCUACAGCGAGGACACGGUCACUGACGAGGAGGGUCGAUUCAGGCUCAGGGGUCUGCUGCCGGAUUGCAAAUAUCUGAUUCAGCUGCGAGCUGAAGGCAACGACCACAUUGAGCGGGCUUUGCCUCAACACAGAGCGAUAGAGGUUGGCAGCAGUGACAUUGAAGGGGUCAACAUCAUCGCCUUCAGGCAGAUCAAUCAGUUUGACCUCAGUGGAAACAUCGUCACGCCUCCUGAACAUCUCCCAACGCUAUCGGUGAAGCUGUACAAGAGCGACAAUCUGGACAAUCCAAUCAACAGUGUUUCUCUGGGGCAGUCCCUUUUCUUCCACUUCCCUCCUCUGGACCGGGACGGCGAGAGUUAUGUUCUCAUGCUGUACUCCACGCUGUCCCGUUCGCAGUAUGAUUACUCUCUGCCUCAGGUCUCCUUCACCUCCACCGGCUACCACAAGCACAUCACCCUCACUUUCAAUCCCACUCGUAAAUUGCCGGACCAGGAUGUUGCCCAAGGCUCCUACAUCGCGCUGCCUCUCACUUUGCUCCUGCUGUUAGCGGCGUACAACCACGAGAAGGUGAUUCCCCUCCUGCUACAGUUGAUGAAUCGCAUCCAGGGCGUAAGAAGCAUGACCCAAGCCGGCACAGACAACGCUGCUUUGGAUGAAGCUAAACGUCAGGCCAAGAGACAGAAAGCCAGACGUACAUGAGGCGCGCCUCGCUUCACAUCACCCUACAGUAAAUUGAACAGUAGCAUCGUGACCUCUGGCUCAGAUAGUACUGGGCCACAUUUCAUCAGAGACUACGCUCAUCUGGUUUGUGUGCUGGUGAACCGUUUAGCCUGUCGAGGUGUGGUUAGAAACCAGGUAUAGACCACUCGACGUGCUACUCAUCAGUGAUUCUGAUUCACUGCGCUCAAAACUGAUGAUUUACUUUC